GUGAAGAGUUUAUAUUAAAAACUAAUAAAAAAAUACUUGAAGAAAUGUCAUAUGAACUUGAAGAUAGUAGUGGUGAAAGUGGUAAAGAAAUGUUAAAUAUAUUUGAAGAUAAUAAGGACUUGUGA